AUGGCGAGGCAGAGAAGCGGUGGCGCGGGCAUCGAGGGAAGUAGAGGCAACCGAAGGAUCCGGCCGUGGCUGGAGGCAGAGGAGGUACGGGGCGACGGGGGCAGACUGUGCUCGGCGGCGUCGGAGGAUGACGCUACGGCGCAGCCGGGGCAGAGCAGCGAUGGAGCUGGAGGCCUACGCGCGGGAUCGGGCGCUGUACGUGCUCAGUGUUGGGGAAGGAGGCGGUGCAUCGGAGGGGGUCGAGGUGUGAGGGAGGCUGCGGAGGGUCGAGAGGGAGGAGGAGGUGAUGGGGAUCGAGAUCGGGCACUGGGUUCUGGCGAAUUUAGACCAAAUGAGUUAGAAGUGGACGUAGGAGUUAGAAAUGUCCAAAAUGAUGAACAUUUGGCGGAGCUUGGGAAGGUGACAAAAGAAUUUAUAGCAAGGUUGGAGGCCAGGAAUUGA